AUGAAUUCGGGGGACGGUGGCGGGGCUGUGGCUGCGGCUGCUGCUGUUACCGCUGCUGCGUCGACCUCGGCGGCCAACGGAUCUGCCGAUGCAGCUGCUCCGAGGAGGAACUCCAAAAGGCCCAAAUGUAUGAUCAGGCUCCCUGGAUUUCGUUUUUCUUCCCUCUUUUGUGGCCUUUAAUCGAAUCUCUCAAUCGUCGAGUUGCAGAAGAAAAUAGGGAUUUCUGGAUGGGAAUAUUAGAUUUCCCGGUGAAGGCCUUGUGCUUUAUGAAAUUAACAGGGAAUAAUCUUCUGUUUCCCCUUUCCCUUCAGAUUCGAGGUUCACCCAGCAGGAGCUUCCGGCCUGCAAGCCGAUUCUCACCCCACAAUGGGUAAGCGUGACCUUCCUGCUAUGGAACAGCGGCCGCCUGUGGCUAUCGAUCCCGAUCUACUGGAGAAAAAAUUUGCCCGCCGUUCUCUCGCAUGACGAAUUUCUCCUCUACUUCUCAUCUCAGGUGAUCUCAGCCUUCGCAGUUGUGAGCAUCAUCUUCGUCCCCAUCGGCGUGGCUUCUCUGCUUGCUUCCCGCGAUGUGAGUCUUGCCUCUAAGAUUCUCCAUUCCGUCCCACUACCCAUCACGCGAACAAUGCCCUUCUCCAGUUGCUCCGAAUCUGUUCUGAGAUCAUCAUCCUCUUCCCUUCCCUCAGGUUGUUGAAAUCGUCUACCGAUACGAUUCCGACUGCGUUCCUGCAAGUUGGGCCAGUGAUAAGCUCGCCUACAUUCAAAAUCCAAACAUCAGCAAAACCUGCACCAGAACGCUCACGGUAAGGACUGGCUCCGUGAUUUCCACGAUCCCAUGUGAGAUGGGUAUCUGAUCAACUCCAUGAAGAACUUUUACCAUUUUAGGUGAUGAUCAUGGGGUCGGAUAAUUCUGAUCUUUGAAUUAACAUGAUAAAUAAUUUGAGAUUGCUUCAAUCGGUGAUUCUGUGUUCAUCCAUGUGGGUUAAUUUGCCCCGUUUCUAACUUGCAGGUGCCUAAGCGCAUGAAAAGUCCUAUUUAUGUUUACUACCAGCUUGACAACUUCUACCAGAAUCAUCGAAGGUACCAAUUUCCGAGCAGAAUUUAGACUUCAAAUUUAUGUUAUACAGCUUUAAUUAAGUUGGGACUCAAAGGUUUCUGUUCGGAUCCUUUUUGACGAUUUCCAUUGAAAUGGCCUUUAGUCUCUAUCUUAAAACCAUUUAUAUAAUAUAUGUUCCUUGCCUUAUCGUCUCCUUUCUGCCACAGGAAGUUCCGAGUUCAUGCUUCAUCCUUACUUCGCCCAUUAGCUGCUUUCUGGUUUUCUCUGGGUGUUCUUGCUCUUAAAAAAACUCUAUGUUAAAAAUAAAAAAUGUAAAAAUAUAACUAGAUAUUAAUUAAUAUUCAAUAUUUUUUGACUUUGGGUUGCUGUAUUCUUGGAUAAUCUUGUUGAAAUUUUUAUUUCUCUCGCAAAUCCAGAUACGUGAAGAGCCGGAAUGACUGGCAGCUGCGUGACGCCAGCAAGGCAAACGAUACGAGUGGCUGUGACCCAGAGGAUGCCGCAGGAGGCAACCCCAUUGUUCCUUGCGGGCUUAUAGCAUGGAGUUUGUUCAAUGAUACAUACAGAUUCACCGUAAGCAACAGCAACCUGCCUGUGAACAAGAAGGGAAUCUCCUGGAAGAGCGACAGGGAUCACAAGUUCGGUAAGGACGUGUACCCACGGAACUUCCAGAAUGGAACAGUGAUAGGUGGUGCGAAGCUCAACUCAAGCAUACCUGUAAGCUUCCCCCUCCCUUUCUCUUCCUGGGUGAGAGAGAGAGAGAGAGAGAGAGAGAGAGAGAGAGAGAGAGGGUUAAUGGGCCCUUCUUCUUCCGAUUUGUAUUGCGGCUGUCAUGGUUGUGGCAUAUCUGAAAGGUACUUCUCCUCUCUGACAGCUGAGCGAGCAGGAGGAUCUCAUAGUUUGGAUGCGCACUGCCGCCCUCCCCACAUUCAGGAAGCUCUACGGCAAGAUUGAGGUUGAUCUCCAGGCAAACCAGACGAUAACUGUGACCAUAGAGAACUACUACAACACCUACGAAUUCGGGGGCAAGAAGAAGCUGGUGCUUUCGACGGCAAGUUGGCUUGGAGGGAAGAACGACUUCCUUGGGCUCGCAUAUCUCAUAGUUGGCGGGCUCUGCUUCUUCCUGGCUGCAGCCUUCACCAUCAUCUACCUGGUAAAGCCAAGGUGAGAUCUCUAACAUUGCCCAUUGAAUAAAUAUUCUUCAUCAUCUUCAUCAAAGUGGUUAAUAUAUUUCUCCUCGAUGAGCAUAAGUUAGGGACGUAUUUGAUUUAUUUAGGCUUAGAAAAUUUAUUAACGUUUUUUCUCCCAAUCUAUGCUGGUGCAUGUGAAUUGUUCUUGAAUGCAUUUGAUCAAACCAAGUUGAGAGGAUAUUGGAGUGGUGUUUAGAUACUCAUCUCAUUGUAUUUUGAUUAUUUGUUUUGUUAAUUUCUCCAGCAGCAUGAUUAUUAUGCUUCUAUUUUUGAAAGAUCCUCCGAAGGCUCUAAAAUGGGGGAAAAUAUUGUGGAUGAUGAAUAAUACUUCGGCAGGUUGAAUGCCUACUUACAGCUUAGGAUCAUCAUCUUGGGCUUCCUGGAUGCCUAGGCUUUUCAGUAAUUGGUUGAAUCGAAGGUGUUACCUUUCUUGGUCUGUAUCAUUAGGUUGAAUUAUCUUUAGACCAUUUUGGAACCCUAAAGGAGGACUUUACAUGGUUCAAUGAAAACCAUAGUAAUUCUGAGAAUACAUGCUAUGAUUUUGCCCCUUUAUGUGAAGAUUUGGAAGUAGUUGAACUGUGGGACUCCAGAUUAUGCGACCAUCCGAACUAUUCUGUUCUUGAAAUUCAUUAAAAAACCCUUUUUAGUGCCAGAAACAGGGGUUGUUUGUCAUGAGCUACCUCCAGAAAAUAAUCCAGUUUACUUACUGUCAGUUUCAGAAAGCACCUUUUCUGCCCAUCAAGGUCGUAGGAAUGGCGUUUUUGAGAACCCUAAUUUCCUAUACAUGAAGUUUGUAGAUCUCGCACUACCUUGAUCUGUGGGUUAUAUUUCUAUUGAAAGGUUUCUGCCAAGUAGCUGCUCUCUGUUGCCCUUCCAUCUCUCUCUCUCUCUCUCUCUCUCUCUCUCUCUCUCUCUCAGUUUUGGUUAAUGUUCUCUGUUUCGCUCUCUCUUGACUCGUUCAAACCUCAUGGGAGUCCCAAGCUUUACCUCCAUCCUCUCCCAUUCUCCCUUCUUCUUCAAUGUCCUUGAGGCUCAAGAUGAUCCUCUUCUGCUCUUUUCUUUUCUCUUCUGCUCUCUACCUGACUGGACUAGUGCUUCAGCAGACUGAUCCGUCGAGUGCUUCCAGCUCAAUCUUGCGUCAUUUUUUAAAUAUUCUAAGGUGGGUUCUUGCUGAUCCCAGUCCAGAUUACCAUAACGCAGAACUGAAUCCUUCAAUCCUGUGAGAGAGAUGUUUGUGGUCUUCCCCACGGCCCUGUAUCUAGUACUUGUUUGGUUCCUUGGUGGGUAUUUGACAUUUACUUCUCAAAUCAAUAAUCAACUGUGAUUACUCUUCUGCCAUCAACUCUCUCUCUCUCUUUCUCUCUCUACAGUACACGCACCUCUCUCCUACCAUGAAUGAGACCAGUGUUUGGUGUUUCCUCUUAAUGGUGUUUCUUCUAAUUAUUUGGUUCCCAAGUAGGUAUUUCAUUAUUCAACUGUGAUUACUCUUCUACCAUCAACACUCUCUCUCUGUUUCUCUCUCUACAGUGAACACGCACCUCUCUCCUGCCAUGAGUGAGACAGCAGUUUUUGGUGUUUCCUCUUAAGGGUGUUUCUUCUAAUUAUUUGGUUCCCAAGUAGGUAUUUCAUUAUUCAACUGUGAUUACUCUUCUGCCAUCAACACUCUCUCUCUGUUUCUCUCUCUACAGUAAACACGCACCUCUCUCCUGCCAUGAAUGAGACACCAGUGUUUGGUGUUUCCUCUUAAUUGUGUUUCUUCUAAUUAUUUGGUUCAUCAGUGGGUGUUUGACAUUCGCUACUCAAAUCAUUACUCAACUGUGAUUACUCUGUCAUUAACUCUCUCUCUUUCUCUCUCUACUGUAAACACACACCUCUCUCCUACCCUGAAUGAUUACUGUUCUGCUAUUCUCUCUCUCUUCCUUAGCAUGCAUGAGAGAGGAUUUUGGUUUUCUAUGUAAUUGCGUUUCUUUUAAUUUUUUGGUUCUCUGGUGGUGUGUAUGAUAUUUGCUGCUGUAAUGUUAUUCAACUGUGAUUACUAUUCUACUACCUCCCUCUAUCUCUCUCUACUGUAAACACUCACCUCGCUUUCUCUUUCUCUCUCUUCCCACUGUGCAGGAAGCUUGGAGAUCCCACGUACCUCUCAUGGAAUAGAAAUCCAGGGGGACACUAG